UCCGUGGUAAUUGUAAAUCGUCCACAACUUCACUCACUCACGGUAGUAGUAGCAGUAGCAUUAGCCAUACGACUGCUAGCUCCCAAACCAUGGGAUUUAGGUUCGAUCUUCUACUGUUUGUGAUCACUCUACUAUCUGUUCCAGUUUUAUCCGAUCUGUUCCUGUCCAAGAUCGACCGACGUAUUGAUUUGACAACGCAAGCUGUGGGAAUCACUGCAACAUUGAAGGUGGAGAAUGCAGGAAGUGAUCUGGUUUCCGAGGUUUUAUUGGCCUUUCCUGAUGACCAGGCAAAACAUUUAGCAUAUUUGACGGCAACAAAUAAUGAAGGGAAAGGAAAAGCUAAAAGUUCUUCUGUCAGCUUCCCUGUUGAUGUUGUCCGCCCUAAAGGAAUGCCUCCUUCCUUGACUUUCUAUUCAGUAUCUUUACCCAAGGGGUUGGGCAAGGGCGACAGCUUAACUUUGGAUGUCUUGGCUGUUUUUGCGCAUGCAUUGCAACCAUUUCCUGAGAGAAUUUCUCAGGCUGAUAUACAGCUUGUUGUUUUUUAUGAGACUGCACACUAUCUCUCUCCUUAUGCAGUCAAGGUCCAAUCACUCAGUGUAAAACUGCCUGAUGCAAGAAUUGAGUCUUUUUCAAAAAUAGAAAAUACUAAGAUUCAUGGUUCUGAGAUUAAGUAUGGUCCCUACGAGAAUCUUCCGCCCUUCUCUUACUCACCUAUAGCUGUUCAUUUUGAGGCGAAUCAACCCUUUGCAAUUGCUCAACAGUUGAUAAGGGAGAUAGAGAUUUCCCACUGGGGCAAUGUGCAGGUGACAGAGCAUUACAAUCUUGUCCAUGAAGGUGCUCAGAGCAAGGGGGAGUUCUCUAGGCUUGAUUAUCAGGCCAGACCCCAUGUAAGAGGUGCAUCAGCCAUUAGGCAUCUUGUUGCAAAAUUGCCUCCAAGAGCUCAUUCUAUUUAUUACAGGGAUGAAAUUGGCAACAUUUCAACAUCUAAGUUAUGGGGUGACCCUAAAAAGACAGAACUAGUAAUUGAACCUAGGUAUCCAAUGUUUGGUGGUUGGAGAACUGCUUUUACUAUUGGAUAUGGCUUGCCACUUCAGGACUUCUUGUUUCACUUGGAGGGAAAACGCUGCCUUAAUAUUUCUUUUGGUUCCCCCAUUAAUGAGUUGGUCGUUGACACUCUCAUUGUGAAGGUUGUUUUGCCCGAGGGUUCUACAGAUAUCUCAGUCUCUGCUCCAUUUCCUGUGAAACAAGGCCAAGAGACAAAAUUUUCACACUUGGAUGUUGUUGGUAGACCAGUGAUUGUGCUGGAGAAGACCAAUGUUGUGCCGGAGCAUAAUCAGCAUUUCCAGGUCUAUUAUAAGUUCAGCAGUCUCUCAAUGUUCAGGGAGCCAUUGAUGUUGAUCUCUGGAUUUUUCUUUCUUUUUGUUGCCUGCAUUAUAUACAUGCAUGCAGAUUUGUCAAUCUCCAAAUCUUCUCCAUCUUAUUUGGCAAAGUUGCAGUGGGAUGAGGUGCAAGCAGGAGUUCAGCAGGUUCGAAAUAUCUUCGACCGAUGUUUAACAGCACAUGAUAAGCUGGAGGCAUCAUUACGUGACCUUUCCCGGACAGGAGAUGUCCAAGCUUGUAAAGCAUCUUGGAAAGCAGUUGAUAAUUUGUUAAAAGAUCUCUCAAAAGAUUUGAAGCCCUUGCUGGUAUCUCUGCAAUCCUCUCCUCAGGCUGCUCAGAUCUUACCCAAGGUGGAGGAACUGAUUGCCAAGGAGAGAGAAUUACAAGAGAAGCUGAUGGUGAAACAUUCAACCGUGGUCGACAGCUAUGAGAAGAAGUUGAGUGGACGGGAAAUUGAGAAUCGGGUUGCUUUGCAGCAGCAAAAGAUUACAGCCUUGAGGCAGGAGGUCGAUGAUCUUCUUGAUUUCAUUGAUGAGAUAUGACAAAUGGGGUCUAGUAUCUGGCCCCCCAACCUAACUGGGUAGUUUUGUUUUGGGUAGACAAAGAUACUGCCAACAGAUAUACCUGAUUGGGAAAUGUUUCUGUUCGGAAUUUUGACGUGCUCA